GAUGCGAGUCCGGGUUGGGCUGACGCUGCUGCUCUGUGCGGUGCUGCUGGGCUCGGCCUCGGCGUCCUCGGAUGAGGAAGGCAGUCAAGAUGAAUCCUUAGAUUCCAAGACCCCUUUGCCAUCAGAUGAGUCGUCGGUAAAGGACCACAGCACAGCAGGCAGAGUAGUCGCUGGUCAGAUCUUUCUUGAUUCAGAAGAAUCAGAAUUAGAAUCACCUAUUCAAGAAGAGGAAGACAGCCUCAGGAGUCAAGAAGCGGAAAGCGUCACAGAAGAAAUCAGCUUUCUAGAAUCUCCAAAUCCAGAAAACCAGGACUACGAAGAACCAUCGAAAGUACGGAAACAAGCUUUGACCGCCAUCGAAGGCACAGCACAUGGGGAGCCCUGCCACUUCCCUUUCCUGUUCCUGAAUAAGGAAUACGAUGAAUGUACAUCAGAUGGGAGGGAAGAUGGCAGAUUAUGGUGUGCUACAACCUAUGACUACAAGGCAGAUGAAAAGUGGGGCUUUUGUGAAACUGAAGAAGAGGCUGCUAAAAGACGGCAAAUGCAGGAAGCAGAAGUGAUGUACCAGACUGGGAUGAAAAUCCUCAAUGGAAGCAAUAAGAAAAGCCAAAAACGAGAAGCCUAUCGGUAUCUUCAAAAGGCAGCAGGCAUGAACCAUACCAAGGCCCUGGAGAGAGUGUCAUAUGCUCUUUUGUUUGGUGAUUACCUGACACAGAAUAUCCAGGCAGCUAAAGAGAUGUUUGAGAAACUGACUGAGGAAGGCUCUCCUAAGGGACAAACUGCCCUUGGCUUUCUCUAUGCCUCUGGACUUGGUGUCAAUUCAAGUCAGGCAAAGGCCCUCGUGUAUUACACUUUUGGAGCUCUUGGGGGCAACCUGAUAGCACACAUGGUUUUGGGUUACCGGUACUGGGCCGGCAUCGGAGUCCUCCAGAGCUGUGAAUCGGCACUGACUCACUAUCGUCUUGUUGCCAAUCAUGUUGCUAGUGACAUCUCACUGACAGGAGGCUCAGUAGUACAGAGAAUACGGCUGCCUGACGAGGUGGAAAAUCCAGGAAUGAAUAGUGGAAUGCUGGAAGAAGAUUUAAUUCAGUAUUAUCAGUUCCUAGCUGAAAAAGGUGAUGUACAGGCACAGGUUGGUCUGGGACAACUGCAUCUGCAUGGAGGCCGUGGAGUAGAACAAAAUCAUCAGAGAGCAUUUGACUACUUCAAUUUAGCAGCCAAUGCUGGCAAUUCACAUGCUAUGGCCUUCUUGGGAAAGAUGUAUUCAGAAGGAAGUGAUAUUGUCCCACAGAGUAACGAGACAGCUCUUCACUACUUUAAGAAAGCUGCUGACAUGGGCAACCCAGUCGGUCAGAGUGGACUCGGAAUGGCUUACCUCUACGGGAGAGGAGUUCAAGUUAAUUAUGAUCUGGCACUAAAGUAUUUCCAGAAAGCUGCUGAACAAGGCUGGGUGGACGGGCAGCUGCAGCUUGGCUCUAUGUACUACAAUGGCAUUGGCGUCAAGAGGGAUUAUAAACAGGCCUUGAAGUAUUUUAACUUAGCUUCUCAGGGAGGCCACAUCUUGGCUUUCUAUAACCUAGCACAGAUGCAUGCCAGCGGCACAGGUGUGAUGCGAUCGUGUCACACGGCAGUGGAGUUGUUUAAGAAUGUGUGUGAACGAGGCCGGUGGUCGGAGAGGCUAAUGACUGCCUAUAACAGCUAUAAAGAUGGCGACUACAACGCCGCGGUGAUCCAGUACCUCCUGCUGGCCGAACAAGGCUAUGAAGUGGCACAGAGCAACGCAGCCUUCAUUCUCGAUCAGAGAGAAGCAACCAUUGUAGGUGAGAAUGAAACUUACCCCAGAGCUUUGCUGCACUGGAACAGGGCUGCCUCCCAAGGCUAUACGGUGGCUAGAAUUAAGCUUGGAGACUAUCAUUUCUAUGGAUUUGGCACUGACGUAGACUACGAGACUGCGUUCAUUCAUUAUCGUCUGGCAUCCGAGCAGCAACACAGUGCACAAGCCAUGUUUAAUCUGGGGUAUAUGCACGAGAAAGGACUGGGCAUUAAACAGGAUAUUCACCUUGCAAAACGUUUUUAUGACAUGGCGGCUGAAGCCAGCCCAGACGCACAGGUACCAGUCUUCCUAGCACUAUGCAAACUGGCUGUGGUGUAUUUCUUGCAGUACAUCCGGGAGACAAACAUUCGAGAUCUGUUCACCCAGCUUGACAUGGACCAGCUUUUGGGGCCUGAGUGGGACCUUUACCUCAUGACCAUCAUCGCUUUGCUGUUGGGAACAGUUAUAGCUUACCGGCAGAGGCAGCACCAGGACAUGCCUCUACCCAGGCCCCCAGGGCCACGGCCAGUGCCACCGCAGCAGGAGGGGCCACCAGAGCAGCAGCCACCACAGUAACAGCCACCGUGUCCAGCCUUGAUCAGUGACAACCAAGGAAAUUGUUUGCUGAGAACACUUGCAUUUGAUUUAGGACUUCGGAUCAGUGGUCACCUCCUG